CGGUGGUCGCCGCGGGGUUUCCGCUGGGAGGCGGCGGCUCGCUCGUUCUGCGCUCCAUUGAGGGUGGCUUCUGGGCACCCCGUGUUGAUAUUGGGGCGGGAGGGAAGAUGGCGGCCGUGGCGGCGGGCGGCCUGCUGGAGAAGGGGCGCGACAUCAGCCUGGCGGCCCUGCAGCGCCAUGACCCCUAUAUCAACCGCAUCGUGGACGUGGCCAGCCAGGUGGCCCUGUACACCUUCGGCCAUCGGGCCAACGAGUGGGAGAAGACUGAUGUGGAAGGAACCUUGUUUGUUUAUACAAGGUCUGCUUCUCCAAAGCAUGGAUUCACCAUUAUGAAUAGACUGAGCAUGGAAAAUAGGACAGAGCCCAUUACUAAAGACCUUGAUUUCCAACUCCAGGACCCUUUCCUUCUCUACAGAAAUGCCAGAUUGUCCAUUUAUGGAAUUUGGUUUUAUGAUAAGGAAGAAUGCCAAAGAAUCGCAGAGCUCAUGAAGAACCUAACUCAGCAUGAACAGUUGAAAGCCUGCCAGGGGACUGGAGCAGGAGCCUCCCCAGUGCUCCUCAGCGCAGGAGAUGGCAAGGAAGUUGAUAUCCUGCGCAUGCUCACCAAGGCCAAGGAUGAAUACACCAAGUGUAAAACCUGUUCUGAACCGAAACAGAUAACCAGUUCAUCUGCCAUCUAUGACAACCCCAACCUCAUCAAACCAAUCCCAGUGAAGCCCAGUGAACACCAACAGCGCAUCCCUCAGCCCAGUCAGACCUUAGAUCCUGAACCCCAACACCUAUCCUUGACUGCUCUGUUUGGGAAGCAGGACAGAGCCCCGAGUUCAGAAACCGUGGAGCAGACCCAGCACAAGAAGCUUCCAGGGAGGCCAGGGGUCGCACGCUCCCUGUCCUACGAGGGGCCCAAAAGGCACUCGCCCACCGUGGAGAAGCAGCUGUGUCCAGCCAUUCAGAAACUCAUGGUCAGGGGCGCGGACCUCCACCCGUGGGCGGAGCUGCCCGAGAGCCGGCCCUGUCAAGAGGGCAACCCCCACCUGGCUGUCCCACCAGGCUCUCUGCGGGACCCUGGGGCUCCUCCUACUCCACAGAGUGCUUCCAGAACUCAGAGCCUGCUGGAGAAGUUGCACAGUGCCCCGGGGGCCGCUGACAAGUGUGACCCUGGUCCCACAGCCCCCGCUCCCACCCCCACCGCAGCGGGCUCUGUGACCCCGAGUUGCAGCCGGACUGUCACCGCGGCAGCCGAGAGCAUGGCUCAGCCGCAGCUGGACCAUGUCAAUGGCACUCUCGCGCCUCCCACACCAGGCCCUCCAGCUCGUGGGAAAGAACGGGCCAUGCUCCCUGGACCAGCGCAGCCCCCAUGUAGCAUCCCUGCCGGAAGCCCCCGGGUGGUGGCACCGCAGGAGUUACUGAGGAAGCUGCGGGCCAUACAGCAGGAGCAGCAGCUGCCUGUGUCCACGCGGCCAGCCCUGGCAGCCAAGUUUCCUGCGGCAGCUCAGGGCCCUCAGACAGGGAAGCCCCUGGAGUCCUGGAUCAACAAGACGUCAGCCAGCGGAGAAAAGCAGGCUCCUUUUUUUCAGGUCGCCUCGCCUCCGCACAGUCCUGCCGCCGUGCCGCCUGCCCUGCUCCUGGCCCCCACGGUGUUCACACACUGCACCUCCACCCCGCCCAAGGAGAGGGACAAUAGGCUCUUGGCCCUGGGAGGCCCCGACCCGCCUGCCACGUCCAGCGGCCUCCUGGUUCCCCUGCAGAAUCCAGAGCCCCUGGUGAGCUCCAGCAGCCCGCUCACCAAGCUACAACUUCAGGAGGCUCUGCUGUACCUCAUUCAGAACGAUGACAACUUCUUAAAUAUAAUCUACGAAGCCUAUCUCUUCAGCAUGACACAGGCGGCCAUGAAAAAAGCUGCGUGAAGCCCAGCGCCCUGAAGAUUUGGGGCUCCCCAGCACCUUGCAGAACGCCAGCGUGGCGUGCUUGCCGUGAAGUAGUGACGCCUUUUGUAGACAAGUAUGUGUAAAAUAAACUUUUUUUUUCCUACA